UGGAUGAUAGUCGUACUUGAAUUUUCUCCUUCUGGACUGUAAGCCAUCGAAAUUUCUUUCUUCAGCCAUUUGUUUAAAUUAAUACUUAUAUUUAUUAUCUAUACAGACAUACAACACAUGUUAUGUCUUUGUCCACAGGGCAACAAUGUGGGUUGCUAUAAUCUACUCUGCCCUGGUUUUGUUGCAAGUCAACAGUAAUUUGCCUCUUGGUUCAGUUCUCCAAAAUGUUUCUGUCUAUGGAGGACUGCAAUUUGAUUUAGGAUUAUUUGUAAUUAAGGAUCAACAAACAGGGAACUGGUGGCUUGCCUAUGGCUUGCACAGGGAGGGGCGGUUUUUGGCGAGAAUGGAGAUACUCCUCCAAUGGGUAGUGGCCAUUUUGCAGAAGGAGGCCAGACCAAGGCAACGUAUAUACGUGAUAAAGAAAUGAUAGAUGACACCCACAUCAAGGGACUUCCUGAUCCAAGAUUUCUCAAUUUUGUAGUAGGUAGUCCUAAUUGUUACGAUACAGCUCCUAUUUCAGGACAUCCUCAUGGUUUCUAUUAUGGGGGUCCUGGUGGACAUUGUUGAAGUUCAUCAAUGAAAUAAGAUAUUUCAUAGCUGUUUGAUUCGGUGUAAUCCUUAUUCAAGAGAUGAUCUAAAGCAUCUCUCCAUGGAACUACGGAAGAAUGGAGUCAGAAUGCUUGUAAUUUAAGAAAUGUAUUAUGUACCUCUAACAUGGAAUAUGAUGUUUCAGUUGUAUUCUUAUUUCUUACCUUCCGUCAUUGUACGAGUCU